GAAUCAUGUUCCUUGAAGAGUGGCAUUGGAUUGAUUCCACACUUUGCAUUAUCUAGAAAUGCAGCUAGGGCUAUGGCUUCAGAUAUGCACAUGCGUAAGGAUUAAAUGUGAAGCCCUUCUAUUUAGCACCCGGCCAGCAUUCUCACAAAUACUAUGGUGGGAGGACAACAUAUUUCAAACUUCCUAGACAAACAUUGACAGAAUAGCUGCAUCUAAGGUAUUGAGGUUGUCCUUUGUCCAGCCAUACAUGUUCAAGAAAAGUAGGGUGGUAGCAAAUAAUGAAGAGCUUAAUACAAAUAUAUUGCUUGCAGCUGUCUGAAUAAUAUCUUGUGUGUACAACUAAAUUCAUGAUGGGAGCCUGCCCAUAGCAGAAGUCAAAUCAAGCAGACAUUUUUUAACUUUCUGCAUAGAACACUUUAAACAUAUAGAAAGUUCCAGCAUUAUAAUUCACAUGUGAAACUAAGCCAGAUGUAUGGAGAAAAACCAAAUAUGGAUACAUUGAUUGUUGGGCAUGUUUUAUUACUUCAUGGUUGUUAGAGGAGCUAGGACAGCAAAUAUGCUCUCCCACAAAGCACAACACUUGACUGAGGCAAUGUCUCAGAUAUUUCCAGUUCAUGUAAAGUGUGCACAGAAUAGUAUAAUAUUACUGACACAGGUGACUAGCUUGAUCAACAUAUACUGGUACCUACAUUUUCCUGGUCGCACUUUACAACGAUGGCAGAUUGGCAGUAGCGCAUCAUUAUUUGGUAGAAUGAGAAAACAUGCCCCGGUAUACUGGUAUCUUACAUGCACCAGCGUUUUUCUUCAUUAUGCCAGACUGAGGAAACCCACUUCGCUAAUUAUUACUAGUGGGAGAGACCAAAUAUUCAGUUUUUGUCAGGAAUGCACUCGCAUAACUCUAGAGGCAGUGCCAAGGUUUUCAACUUGACACUGUUAGUGUGGCUUUCAUCCAGGUAAUGAGGAAAUAGUAUAUCAUAUAUUAAUUGCAAUACUGCGAGAAGAAACCGUUUUGAGCAUCUUGAAAUAUGUGUGCAUGUCGCAAUAAAAACUUUGUAGAUGGGCAGGUUUGCAUGGUGGUUAGUGGCGCCAGAGUCUGUCUGAACUAAACAUAGCUAGCAGCACAUUUUUUAGGGCGGGCAAGACAACCAUGCUUAAUGAACAUGAUUGUGCAAAUUAACUGCCUUGCGAAACUUUCUGGUCCCAAAGACUCCGAGGCAGCGGUGCCAGGAUGUGGCGGUCGGCACCCGACAGCCUCCGUAGCCUGCUGUCCAAGUACCAACAGGAUGGCCUUUUCCACCAAGAAUCAGCCCGGAAGGCCGAGAAGCGCCACCAUUUAGAGGAAAUAGCCAAGCGCUUUGUCUGCGAGCUUCCCCAUGGCAGCAAGUUUGUCUGCCCUCCUGUGGAAGCCUUGCUGCGCCAGGCUCUGGAGGAGGCUGCCCCAGAUACCUUCGACCCUCUCCAGGCAGCGGCCGCCUUUGCUGCCCUCGAGGACUAUGCCAUCAACCUGCUGGUGCAGCCGUGGCGUGGCGAGGUGCAGCAAGUCAAGCUGUACAGCGGGUACUACAAGCACACGGUGGAGAGGCAGCUGAAGAACGGCAGGGUGAUUCUCCAGCUGAUGGGCUACGAGAAGAAGGAAGAGGAGGUACUGCAGUUGGCCCGUGUCGUGGACCCUGCUACUCUGAGCGAGCUGGCCCUGGACUGCCUGAUUGCCUCUGCGGAGUGCCGGGUUUUGGCAACAAUCAUGGAUGGACUCAAGGAAUGUGGCAUACCCAUGACAUGGAAAGAGUUGUACCGAUUUCGGCGCGAGUGUAGCUGCAACCCCGAGGACUCUGUGCGAACCCUUAUUCAGCGCCAGAAACACAGAACCACUAAGCAAAUGGCCGUCCCAGAGCUUUCUGCAAUGGAGCCUCUGUUCCAAUGGCACCACUUACCUGCUGAAGAAGUGGAUAGAACAGGCUGGCUCGUUCAAAUGCCCACCAAUGGCACGUGGCCUACAUCUAGCCACUGGGACACAUACCUUGAACCCCCGCUAUCACACAGUGCAGACUCUCAAAGGCCGUUAGCCAACAGCCGUUCUCCUGCUGGAAUGCGAGGGACUAAGCACAGCGACGACUUGCUCAUGGGAACUGCGGAUGGCUCCUGCUCGAGAGACACAUUUCGACCGCUCGUAGGCAGCUACGGUAUGCCUUUGUGGCCAGACCACCCCAAUGCUGGCGGCCACGAUACAGGUGUCCCAAGACUGCCCGACCACCUACGCUAUGAUGGGGGGCGCUCGGGAGAACACUACUCUCAGUCGGUGCGCCGUGGGCCAAGCCCCAAGGCACGCCAGUCUGAGAUAUCCCACGCUGCGAGCAAGGAACCGGUAGACUUGAUCUCGCAAGGCAUGCACGCCCUCUCAUUGGGCUCUGGCUUGAUCGGGCAGGAAAGGGAUGCUGGCAGCUUCAUAGUACAAGAGCCGGUUGUGUUAAAAGCAGUGCCAUCGUGCGACCCCGGCCCCAAGGACACUCUGGAUGCCACGACGGUCGUGGAGGCGGCAGCUCAGUACCUACAUGCCCAGGCUGCAGCAGCCAUUGGGGAGGCGUCGCAUGACACGCAAGUGUGGUCGUGCGGGGCAUGCACCUUCCUCAACGCACCCGAGCGCGACGUCUGCGAGAUGUGCAGCAAGAGCAGGCACACUGGCCCCGAGAUGACACCUCUCCUGUCUGGAGGAAAGCAGUGUCCCGUCUGCACGCUUGUCAACGACCGCCAGGCAAAGUCCUGCAGUGUGUGUAGCACCUCUCUCAAAGACUCGCCCACAUACAUUUGAUGUUCUGUGGCAGCUUCGUAGGUAUGCUCUAACUAAGGAAAUGUGCGGUCUUUCUAGGUGUGCACGAUUGUACUGGCGUAGCUAAUAUCUAUGGAUUAGCAAGUAGACCUCUGUUACGGGUUCCACUUUAUGAGGGGUAUGCAAGUUUUACUGCUGCGCAUUGUUGUGGAGCAAGGUCAGUCGACAUCUUGUUGAUUUGGUGCCCUAGCUCUAUCCAAGUAGUUGCACUGGUGUGCAUUCGAGGGAACCGUGCCUGGAACGAUCCGAGACUGAGGGACGUGUAGUGACCACCCACCCCCAGAUACACUAGAGGAAGCCAAAAAGUAUUAGCUUGCCAGCUCCCGGUGUCCGAAAUGAACAAGAAAAAGAGGGUAUAGUUAUAAUCAAGGUGCCAUUUUUUUUGCUUUGCCCUUCAAUCUGAAGCAGCUCUUGAUUUUGUAAGGGUGCGUGAGGGCAUUCUCUACAUUUCAUGAAAGCAUACUGUAUCCCAGAAGUCACCUUAAGAAAUGCCACACUUUUUUGCCAAGUAUGCCAAGCAAACACACCGUAUCUUGAGCCAGCCUAAUUCACAGAAACUUCCCACUUUUUUUCCUAUUAUUGCUAAACUUAGUUUGUAGCAAUGCUAGGUAUUAUAAUUUAAUUUAGCCCAUAAAUGAUCACUUACACUGAGCCUGUUCCAAAUGAAUUAACUUGCAGAGGUUCAAGAGAUCAUCACAUUGCAAUUGACUCUAUGAUGCAUUCUCUUUGUAAAAUUAAUUCAGUAUCUUCUUGUGAAACUUUUUCAUAUUGAAAUUAUAAGGUCUAGCAAAGAAACAUGGUGAAACCAUAUUUUUCUUAGGAUGUUUUAUAUGUGCAGGGUUCUUACAUUUUUAAGAUGUGUAAUGUGUGUGGCAAUCCUGUGUGUUUGUGCAUCAUUUUGUUUAAUUUAUAGUGUGCUCCAAGCCUGACAAAGCACUUUUGUGAUAUGGAAUCCAGAUAGGAACAGAUUAAUAUCAUACUUUUGUGUAUAUGUCAACUGUGUAAGUAGCAGUAAUUGGACCGGUCAUGGUGAGUGUGGUCCACAAGUUUUUGUGGAAACUUGUUUACUUCCGGACUGGCGGCUCGAACUGCUUUUGGAAAGCUUCCAAAGCGCAUGAAGCCUUCGGCAAAUGAGCUUUUACAGGGAGGUCAAUUCAUUAGAAUCAUCUUAUGACAAUCUAUGUCUUAGAUGAGAAUUAUUUAUUGAACAAACAGACUGUGUUCUCGUCUUGCCCAUUAGUUCAAAACUUGGGUCUUGGCUUUUAUGUUAUGCUGCUGAGGGUUCUGUUGGAUGCGAGACCUAUUGUAAUCGGUUGAUUAGUUUGCAUUUUACAUUUGACUCGUUGGAGGCCCACUAAUUGUGCAUCACAGUGGCACUCUCAAAACGGGCUGAGGAUUCGUUUAUAUAAUGGACGAUACUGAAGAAGCAUAAUUUUCCCAAGUUGCUCGAUUUUAAGGUACAUGUCACAAGGUGCAGUCUCCAAAUAUACUUCAUCAAUUAAAAAAAAAAACGGCGAACUCAUGAUUGUUUACCUUUACAAAAACCCCAAAACUGAGGACAAGAAAAAAAAAAAAGAGGACGGCACACUUGGAAGUUUUGAACACAGCUCGUUCAUAGCAGUAACCCUGUCAAAGCUGCAGGUGCGAGUAUGUCACUUUAUCCAGCGUCUCAUUUACACAAGAGCAUGUGUAAAUGAAAAACUAGAUAGUCACAUGCUCAUGCUAGCUGCUUUGACAGCAUUGUGCAUGUGUAUGAAAUUGAGUAAAGACUUAAAAUUUGACAGAAUGUGGCCUUUUAUAUACCAGAUGUUUGUAGAAACAACCAAAAUUUUACCGUAAUAAUUGCAAGUCACACGUGCAAUUGGCACUUUGUUGGCAGCUUGGCCUACCAGAAAAUGUGUUGCAUUCAGGAUAGCUAAGUAACUUGAAUAUUAAAACCAAGGCUAUUGUUAGAACAAAAAAUGCAGAUAUUGCUUAGUUUUUUUGUUUGUUUUUUUUGUUUUAACUAUAAAGAGCAUUAUAAAGCUAUGAAUAAAUUAAAAUCAAAAAUCUUCAGAGCAUAUGCUCUGUUUUCUUGUACAAAAAAAAAAGAAAAAAAGUGCAACUUAGAGGUGUGGGCAGUUUGGCUUCAUACCAGGUGCACCUCUGCUCCAAUGGCCAUGCCCCCCUGGCCAAAGCACUGUUCUCCCUUAACGAGUCCCCGCAACUUGUCUUUCUUCCGCUCGGCGCUGUGCUACUUUAUGCUUUAACCGUGGGGAGCAGAGCCAUUGAAAUGGAAAUGUGGCCAAUAUGAAGCGAUGUUUCUGUAAAUGCCAUUAUUGUAGCACUGUGCAUGCGCAUGCUACUUGCCUUCCAACAAACCGGUCAUGGAGCACGAGCAAUGUCCUUGUCUCACGUGGGCAAGCGUGUGCCUGGGUGAAACAGCGUGCGGGCCAAUACAAAAUGUGUGUGUCACUUGUGCUGGGCUUUGUGAUUUUUCAGUGCCCUCCUACUUUGCAGAGCCCCCUCGGCACACGUGCCUGUGUCCCGGGCAAUGUCAAAAAUCAAUUUCCUCGGCUUAGGGGAGCGCCCCUCGGGUUUUCAUAUGGUUAGUGCUGUAUUUAGAAAUUGUUUGUUUUUAAAUAACUUGUUUGUCUAAUAAACAAACAAACAAA